UAAGGGCGCAGAGAGCAGAGAGCACAGAUCUGGAUCUGGCUCGCGGAGAUCUAUCCGAUAUGGCAACGGGCGGCGGUGGCGAGCGGAUGCGGUGGAGCAAGCUCUACUCGCUGUCGUGCCUGCGGCCGGCUGUGGCGGAGGAGGAGGAGGCGCGGAGGAGGAGGCAAAGCAGCAACUUGAGCGGUGGCGGGCGGCUCGUGUGGUGCAACCAGCCCGACAAGCACCGGGUGAAGCCGCACAAGUAUCGCUCCAAUUACGUGUCCACCACCAAGUACACGCUGCUCACCUUCCUCCCAAAGGCAUUGUUCGAGCAGUUCCGGCGGGUGGCCAACCUCUACUUCCUCUUCGCCGCCGCGCUCUCCCUCACGCCGCUGGCUCCCUUCGCCGCCUCCAGCCUCAUCGCGCCCCUCGUCUUCGUGGUGGGCGUGAGCAUGCUCAAGGAAGGCGUCGAGGACUGGCGCCGCUUCAUGCAGGACGAGGAGGUGAACAAGCGCAAGGUGGCGGUGCACGUCGGGCACGGCGUGUUUGCGGACAAGCAGUGGAAGAGGGUGUGCGUGGGAGAGGUGGUCAAGGUGACGCAGGACAGCUUCUUCCCGGCGGACCUGCUGCUGCUGUCGAGCAGCUUCCCCGACGGCAUCUGCUACGUGGAGACGAGCAACCUCGACGGCGAGACCAACCUCAAGGUGAAGCGCUGCGUGGAGCGCACGCUGGAGCUGUCCGAGGAGUCCGACUUCGCCACCUGGUCCGCCCAGGUGCACUGCGAGGCGCCCAACCCCCACCUCUACACCUUCGUCGGCAACCUCGACUUGGACGGCAGCGUGGUGCCGCUGGGCCCUGAGCAGCUGCUCCUCCGCGACUCCAAGCUCCGCAACACGCACUUCGUCUACGGGGUGGUGCUGGCCAGCGGCCACGACACCAAGGUGAUGCAGAACGCCCGGGAGGCGCCCUCCAAGCGCAGCCGCAUCGAGCGCAAGAUGGACAAGAUCAUCUACUUCCUCUUCAGCGUCCUGCUGCUCAUCUCGCUGCUCGGCUCCAUCGUCUUCGGGGUCAUGACGCAGGCCGACAUGCCCCGCUGGUGGUACCUCCGCCCCUCCGACGCCGACGUCUACUUCAACCCGCAGCGCGCGCAGCUGGCGGCGCUGCUGCACCUCAUCACGGCGCUCAUCCUGUAUGGCUAUCUCAUCCCAAUCUCCCUUUACGUGUCCAUUGAGGUUGUCAAGGUGCUGCAGGCAAUGUUCAUCAACCACGAUAUUGCCAUGUAUGACGACGUGACCGACACCCCCGCCCACGCUCGCACCUCCAACCUCAACGAGGAGCUGGGCCAGGUGGACACCAUCCUCUCGGAUAAGACGGGCACGCUCACCUGCAACGUCAUGGAGUUUCGAAAGUGCUCCAUCGCCGGCGUCUCCUACGGCCGGGGGAUCACCGAAGUGGAGAGGGCCACCGCCAAGAGGCUCGGCAGGGAGCAGCAGCUGCACGAGGAUGCAGGGUCGGAGGAGCACGACCACCGCAGCAGCAGCAGCCACGGCACCAGCCCCGGGAACUUCGAGAUGGCCCAUGCUGCACCCUUCGUCAAAGGCUUCAACUUCACCGAUGAGCGGGUCAUGGAUGGCAACUGGCUGCACCAGCCGCACUCGUCCGUCAUUCGAACCUUCUUCCGAAUCCUGGCAGUCUGCCACACUGUCAUCCCCGAGGAGAGCCACGAAACGGGCGACGUGAGCUACCAGGCGGAAUCGCCGGACGAGCUGGCGUUUGUUGUUGCUGCAAGGGAGUUUGGCUUCCAGUUUUACAAGCGCACGCAGUCGACCGUGCUCGUGCGGGAGCCCAGCGAUACCAAUGGUACCACCACCCUCCGCGAAUACAAGCUGCUCAACCUGCUGGAAUUCAACAGCACCCGCAAGCGGAUGUCCGUCAUUGUAACGGACGAUGCAGGUAACACCUUCCUCUUCUCCAAAGGUGCAGACAGCGUCAUGUUCGACAAGCUCAGCAAGAACGGACGUCAGUUCGAAGCUGCGACAAGAAGCCAUCUCUCCGAGUAUGCCGAGGCCGGCCUGCGCACCUUGAUCCUUGCGUACCGCAAGCUCGACGACGCAGAGUACAGGGAAUGGAACGCGGUCUUCCUCAAGGCCAAAACCACCAUUGGAGAAAGCCGAGAGGAGCGCUUAGAUGCUGCAUGCGACAUGAUAGAGAGGGACCUGGUCCUUGUGGGUGCCACUGCCGUGGAGGACAAGCUGCAGAAAGGGGUUCCUGAAUGCAUAGAUCGGCUAGCCCAAGCUGGCUUGAAGAUAUGGGUGCUUACUGGCGACAAGCUAGAGACUGCCAUCAACAUUGGCUUCGCAUGCAGCCUGUUGCGGCAAGGGAUGAAGCAGAUUCUUGUGACGUUGGACAGUGGCUCCACUGAACAGUUUGGCAACAAAGAGGCCAGUGCCAAGGCAUCCAAAGAGAGCAUCAGCCAGCAGCUUGCGAAUGCCCAGCGCCAGAUUGAUCUGGAGACUGACGACGACGCUGCGUUUGCGCUGAUCAUUGAUGGUAAAGCACUUGCGUAUGCAUUGGAAGAUGGCCUUAAAGACAAGCUGCUACGCCUGGCAAUCAACUGUGCCUCUGUUAUAUGUUGCCGGGUUUCUCCCAAGCAGAAGGCGCUGGUGACGGGACUUGUGAAGGAGGGCACGGGACGGACAACUCUGAGCAUUGGUGAUGGAGCCAACGACGUGGGAAUGAUCCAAGAGGCUGAUAUAGGUGUUGGCAUCAGUGGUCUCGAAGGCAUGCAGGCAGUCAUGGCCAGCGACUUCUCUAUCGCACAGUUCAGGUUCCUGGAGCGCUUGCUCAUUGUACACGGGCAUUGGUGUUACAAGCGUAUCGCGCAGAUGAUUUGCUACUUUUUCUACAAGAACAUCACGUUUGGCCUCACCCUGUUUUACUACGAGGCGUACACCAGCUUCUCGGGUCAGACUGCAUACAACGAUUGGUAUAUGUCCCUGUUCAAUGUGUUUUUUACGUCGCUCCCGGUGAUUGCGCUGGGGGUUUUUGAGCAAGACGUAUCGGCCAGAGUGUGCCUGAUGUUUCCGACGCUUUACCAGCAGGGCCCCAGGAACUUGUUCUUCAGCUGGUCCCGGAUCCUGGGCUGGAUGGCCAACGGCGUCUACAGCUCGCUUGUCACCUUCGUCUUUGCGGCAGGCCUGUACCGGGUGGCGGCGUUCCGGCGGGGUGGGGAGGUGGCGGAGCUGGCCAUUCUGGGGGCCAGCAUGUACACGUGUGUGGUGUGGACAGUCAACGCGCAGGUGGCGCUGGCCAUCAGCUACUUCACCUGGAUCCAGCACCUCGUCAUCUGGGGGAGCAUCGGCCUCUGGUACAUCUUCUUGCUGCUCUACGGCGCUGUGGAUCCGCGCCUCUCCACCACCGCCUACAUGGUGCUGCGCGACGGCCUUGGCCCAGCCCCAGUCUACUGGCUGACAACCGCAUUGAUACCCCUCGCCUGCGUCCUCCCUUACUUCCUCUUCACCGCCUUCCAGCGCACCUUCAAGCCCAUGGAUCACCACAUCAUCCAGGAGAUACGCCACCUGCAGCGGGACUUUACCGAUCCAGGCAUGUGGCUGCGGGAGCGGUCCAAGGCCGUGGAGAGGACCUCCAUUGGGGUCAGUGCGCGGGUGGAGGCGCGGAUCCGGCACAUGAAGAAGAACAAGGGGCGCCACCACCUUUUCUCUCCCAUCCGGGACACCACCACCGCCACCACACCAUAGUGCUCACAGACGCGUACACCAACACAAUCCAAAUUUUGUUAGGACGACAACGACGCGAGGACCGACCCUGCCUGUACACACGCAGCCUAGUAUACAUACAGACGACGUUCCUAGAUGGUAUAACCGUUCUGGAUGUCUUCGUUCCUUCAUUCAUUCAUUCAUUCAUUCAUUCAUUUCAUUCAUGUCA